UUACCAUUUUGUUUGAUUGGGUACCACUGAAUGUACUUUUAUCACUCUUCCCCCCUCCUCAGCUGCCGGACUUGCCGCAGCUGAACUGAUAAUAUCUGGCAAACAUUACGGUCACGGGCCUGUUAGCUUGCAUUUGCUUUUGAUGCACCUUGCUAUUCGCUCGAUUAACCUGAAACGUGAUCUAUCAUAAAUACAAGCGUGCAUCGAUAUCGGUACCCUGUCAUGUUUCUUUGCUUGAGAUUACUCCCCACUCAUCCUCUCGGCCUCGCAUCGCCAGCAAACAUACAGACAAGCAAUACAUACAUGCAACGAUGGCCGAGGGUACGACCCAACGAGCGCCCAGCGCUCCCAAAGUCCAACUUAGCUGUGAGAUGUGUCGUCAGCGCAAGGUAAAAUGCGACAAGCUAAGCCCAUGCACGAACUGCCAACGACUCGGGGCCGUUUGUAUCCCCGUGGAACGAGCGCGUCUGCCACGGGGGCGCUUUCGAAAAUCAAAAGCUGCAGACCAGGCCGCCGAGAGUGAUGCCGCCAACGCUACUGAUGAAUUGAAGGCGAGGAUGGAGAGGUUGGAGGGGCUGAUCUGUACGCUGAUGCAGGAUAACGGGGCUGUGGCCAAUACUACCGUGCCAGCUAUAGCUGAUGCGGGAAUCCUACCGAGUCCCUGCGAUACCGAGUUUCGGAGUGAUUUGCCUUCGCCUGUGGGUAAUGACGUUGGGGGUGGAGGUAGAGGUGUGAUGGUUCAGAAAGGCAGUGCUUAUUUGGGGAAUACGUUCUGGGAGGGCUUAAUGCAUGUACAAGACCAGUCUUUGCGCAACGUCGCGGACCAUCGACAGGGUGUUACAACGUUCGCGCCUUAUGAUGUUCUCGUCGAUGGGUUGACGGGCAGGUCCUUGCUCAGCCCUUUAUGCUCCACUACAGAACCAUGGGAAACCCCACAGCUCCAACAGCAUCUAUGUCAUGUCUUUUUGACACAAGUCGAUCCGGUCUUCAAGAUUCUACAUCAACCCUCCCUCCGUGCAUUCCUCAUAGAAGGAAAACCAUACCUCCGCUAUGAUGCCUACCACCCAGCCCCAGAAGCCCUUCGAUGCGCCGUCUACUAUACAGCAGCCUGCAGUAUCACCGAAGACCAGUGGCCCCCUGUUCUAGGAGCUAGCAGAGCAUCGGUAAUUGCCAGAUACGAAAGAGAAACAGAAGCAGCCCUAGUGCGGGCUGAACUUGUCAAAUCGGAUGACUUGGUUGUUUUACAAGCAUUCGUGCUUUCAUUGAUUGGAUCCCGCUCACAAUACCGCAGCAGACGAACAUGGACGAUGCUCAGCAUGGCAGUUCGUGUUGCACAGGCGCUCUCGCUGCAUGUACCAGACCCACCAUUUCUGAUAAUGCCGUUUGAGCAGGAAAUGCGGAGGCGGCUGUGGAGUGCUAUUGGAUUGCUGGAUGUCCAGGCGUCGCUGGACCGGGCGUCCGAGCCGAUGAUUUUACGGAGUUGGUUGGAAUCGCAUACGCCGGCAAAUCUUAGCGAUGAUGAUAUUCCGUUUGGGCAUACAGUCGCGCCCGCAGAAUCCGAUGGUUUCACAGACACUACAUUCACCUUGGUGAUUUCCAAGGCACAUUGCUCUGUACGUUCACUCACGGAGCCGGGGUCACAGUAUAUGCAUUUACGGCAGGCAUGCGUCGCCGAUUUCCGGCAGACAGCAUCACAACUGCUUCGUAAUUGCCAACCAGAUGCGGUGCCCUUUCACUGGUACACCCACCAAAUCGCAGACUACAUCGCCGCGUCGAUGCAGCUUAUCGCCCUACGACCACCCCAAAGCACCCCCAACUUCAUGCUUCCGCACGUCCCCGGAUGCAAUCUUCUCGAGUUAUCCGUGGAUAUUCUGCAGAGGACGGAGACACUACACUGCGAUCCCCGCGGGCAUCCGUGGCGCUGGUUCGAGAGUAUCUUCGUUCCCUGGCACGCGCUGGCGGUCGCGAUCGCGGAACUCUGUGGAUGCGAGGAUGCAGCGUUGAUGGAGCGAUACUGGGAUACCGUGGAAGGCGCAUUCGAACGUUUCGGGGGAUUAGUCGUAGACGAGAAGGAAGGGAUGUUGUGGAAACCGAUGGAGAAAUUAAUGGGGAGAGCGCGUGCGAAGAGAGAGAGCUUAAGAGUAAACUACACUCCAGAGUCUGCAUCUGCGCAACUGCAACCACCGUUCUUGCCAAUGAUGACCCCGGAUCAAAGUCAAAGAGGGAUGGAGCUGGUUGUAACCCCGUGUAGCAGUACGGGUAGCACUGGGGUUGAACCGUGGGCAAAUGUGCCGAAUAUAUGGGAUGGGGUAGACUUUAGGGAUGUUGGUAUUGACCAACUGCCGUGGACUAAUUAUCAAGAUUUUAUGGAGGAUAUGCAGCGAUGAUUUGGUUUUACUAUAUUUAGUUUUUCUUCGUCACUAGUUCGGCGAGAGAUACAGAUGUCUCGGGGCAAUGAAUCCUGCCGAAUGCAUAAUAAACGCAUAGUCCGGGUCCAGAAGAACAAAUAAAGAC